CCAAGCAGAAAGGUCAUACCAGCGAUUAGUGUUUUUAAUCAAACUGGAAAAAGAGAAAUUCCAAUACCAAAGAUACCAAACUAAGUAUACAAAAGGAAAAAAAUCGAUUUGAGAAGAGGAAUCAAUAUGCAACAUCACACAGUUCCUAGUUACAUGACGGAUAUACCCUAUCAACCAAUAUGGAAUUCUGAGGCACCACCACCUCCUCCGCCACCCAUGAUUCCAUAUCAGAACUUUAUGGCCGCAUUUCCUAGUUCAGAAUUUGCUCUGUGGCAACGUUCCCAUGUUGGCAGCUUAAUGUCUUCCCAAUCAUCAACUUCCUCAUCCACUUCAAGCCUGCAGCAGAGUAAAAGCCAAUCCAAUGGCGGAACUUCCUCCAGCAGUACGAAAAAAGUUCGACGACGCACAGCAUCCUUGGCUCAGAGGCGUGCUGCUAACAUUCGCGAACGUCGGCGAAUGCUGAACCUCAACGAGGCCUUCGAUAAACUGCGUCCCAAGGUACCAACCUUUGCCUAUGAGAAACGUCUCUCACGCAUCGAGACUCUGCGCUUAGCCAUCACUUACAUUGGAUUUAUGACGGAACUUUUAAACGGUACUUCGGAGAAUUCACAGAAACCCCGCCAUGAAGACUAUUAUGGUGGCAUGAAUGGUCAUCAUCAGCAUCAUCCUGCGUCAGGUCAUGUCCCACAUCACAUUCAUCCGUCGGCAUAUUCAAGAGAUUAUUCUCCAGCCUAUGGCCAUCCAAUGGCUUAGGUUAAGUGAAAUUUGUGUUGUUUUUCCCAAUGUAAGGGGCAAUCGGUGUGUUUUUGUUAAUAUUAUUUAAUGUGCAAUGUUAGAUUUUUAAGUCAAAGAAAUAUUAAUAAAUAUUUAAAUAGUUUGUGUAA